AACCCUGGAGAAACCAGGAGUGGAAGUUUUUAGCAGUCCAUAUUCGCCCAUAGAGGAGCUGUCACAGAAGGCAAGGGCAUUAGCAAAAAAUUCCGUCUCGCCUUUCUAUAAGGCACAGUCUGAAAAGUAUUGGGGCCUAUAUAAAGAAUUCUGUAAAGGGUUUGAGGUAAAUGAAAAGGAGCCAUCAGAGGAUGGUAUUUUAGCAUUUAUUAUGUGGUUAGAUAUAUCGGGACUGGCAUCCCAGACUUCCCGAAUCAUGCAAGCUGUUACGAAUAACCUCCGUUUUGAGGGAAAAGAGGACUUUAGGAAAUCGCUAGCUAUCACGCAGGUUCUGAGGGCGGUAAAGAAGGAAGCAACAAAGGACAAAACACCGGACUGGCCACGUGACCCGCUACUAGUCGGAACUCUCCGAUACUAUGUGGAU